AUGACACACCUCAACUUCGUCACUUUAGAUGUCUUCACAUCAACACCAUACAAAGGCAACCCAUUAGCAGUAGUCUUCCUCCCAGAAGACCCAGCACAGGCCUUGAACCAACACCAAAAGCAAAUCUUAGCAGCAGAGUUCAACCUCUCGGAAAGCAUAUUCGUGCACCCAGUGAUAGAAGGCACAAAGCGCACCAUCGACAUCUUCACCACAGACUGCGAAAUCCCCUUCGCAGGCCACCCCACUAUCGGCGCCGCUUCCUGGUUCCUUACACACUCAGCCAACCCAGCCGAUGGAGCCGGCAUUACCACGCUGGCCACGAAGUCCGGCGACAUCCCCAUCUCCAUCCAGGAUGGGGCGACCAAGUACGUCGCUGCGCAGAUUGCGCAUAACACGCGCAUCCACGCUGCCCGGUUCCCCGUUAAGGAAUUGUUGCGGUUGCAUCCUACUCUGGCCCCGUAUUUCCCGAAAAAGGAUGUGACGUUUCCUUUGUUUUCUGUUGUCAAGGGGAUGAGUCAGUUGUUCAUUGAGCUGGAGUCUUUGGAGGCUUUGGCUGCUGUUACGCCUGCGACUGGGGGCGAGUUUGUUUCUUCUAGUCAGUAUCUUGACGAGGGGUGGCAGGUUGGGUUGGUUUGUGUUUAUUUCAUUGUUAGGGGGGUUUGGGAUGAUGUUCUGGGUAAGAAGGUUACCCGGGCGAGAAUGAUGUUGGGUCCUUUAGAGGAUCCUGCUACUGGUAGUUCGGCUAGUGGAUUGGCUGCUUAUUUGAGUCUUACGGAGGGGCAGCCUGGGCAGGAUUUGGAUUAUCAUGUUGUGCAGGGUGUUGAGAUGGGCCGGAGAAGUGACAUUGGGGUUGGGGUUUCUCUUGAUUCCGAGAAGAAGAUUGAGAAGGUUGUUUUGACUGGUACUGCUGUUAGUGUCUCUGAGGGUAAAGUUCUGAUUCCUCGGGCUUGA